UCACCAAGAGCAACAAGAUCGACGAUGAAUCCGCCAUGUCUCUGUGGCAUGACAACUUGAAGCUCCUCCUCGUCACUCUCGGUGAGAAGGGCUGCAGAUACUACACCAAGAACUUCCGUGGCACGGUGGAUGCCUUCCAGGUCAAAGCAGUGGACACAACUGGAGCAGGCGACUCAUUCGUUGGCGCCCUUCUUUGCAAGAUUGUAGACGAUCAAUCAAUUCUCGCGGACGAGAAGAGGCUAAGGGAGGUGCUGAGAUUUGCAAAUGCAUGUGGAGCCAUAACCACAACAAAGAAGGGAGCAAUCCCAGCUCUUCCAUCAGAGGCUGACGCCACAGCUUUGAUCAAGGCUUCUUCUAAGUAGAAAUCAGUUUCUUCUUUUAGCUUUUUUUUUCUUUUUUCUUU